AUGGGAGGCGGAAGACAAAAGUGAACGCAAGCUCUUCUCACUCUGCGGUAUCACUUGCUUGGUUCCGAGUCAAGGCAAAAGCCGAGACGCGGAGAAACUGACACACACCCCGUGUUGAAACCUCACUAGAACCCCCUCGUAGGACUAUAUUUUAACGCAAGGUUAUUAGCGCAGAGAAGCUGUGGCUGGUUACAUUUAGUCUGCUUCGCUCACCAAACCUUCCUUGCCUUCAUCCAUCUCGUCAGGCCCCGUCCCAUCGAGCCGCCAUGUCCGCCAAAGCCAUCUCAGAGCAGACGGGCAAGGAGUUCCUCUACAAGCACAUCUGCACACCAGCAACGGUCCAGAACCGGUUCCGCUAUGCUAACGUCACCCCCGAGACCGACCUGGACCGACUGGCGCUGGAGCACCCCUGGCUGCUCACAGAGAGGCUGGUGGUGAAGCCCGACCAGCUGAUCAAGAGGCGGGGCAAGCUGGGCCUGGUCGGCGUUAACCUGGACCUGAACGGCGUCAAAGAGUGGCUGAAGAGCCGCCUGAUGAAAGAGACGACGGUGGGAAAAGCCAAAGGGGUUCUCAAGAAUUUCCUCAUCGAACCUUUUGUCCCUCACAAGCAGGAGGAGGAGUUCUACGUGUGCAUCUACGCCACCCGCGAGGGCGACCACGUACUGUUCCACCACGAGGGCGGCGUGGACGUGGGCGACGUGGACGCCAAGGCCAAGAAGCUGCUGGUUGGCGUGGACGAGAAGAUCAGCGAGGGCGCGGUGAGCAAGCAGCUGCUCGCCAACGUCCCCAACGACAAGAGGCUGGUCCUGGCCCAGUUCAUUGUCGGACUUUUCAACCUGUAUGAAGAACUGUUCUUCACGUACCUGGAGAUCAACCCACUAGUGGUCACAAAAGAUGGCGUCUACGUGCUGGACAUGGCGGCAAAGAUCGAUGCGACGGCAGAUUAUAUCUGCAAGGCCAAGUGGGGAGAUGUGGAAUUCCCACCGCCUUUUGGCAGGGAGGCCUACCCUGAGGAGGCCUACAUCGCCGACCUGGAUGCCAAGAGCGGCGCCAGCCUCAAACUGACCCUGCUCAACCCGCAGGGGCGGAUCUGGACCAUGGUGGCGGGGGGCGGAGCCUCUGUCGUGUACAGCGACACCAUCUGCGACCUGGGCGGCGUGGACGAGCUGGCCAACUACGGCGAGUACUCGGGGGCGCCGAGCGAGCAGCAGACGUACGACUACGCCAAGACCAUCCUCUCGCUUAUGACUCGGCAGAAGCACCCCGAUGGCAAAGUCUUGAUCAUCGGAGGGAGCAUCGCCAACUUCACAAACGUGGCGGCGACGUUCAAGGGAAUUGUUCGAGCGAUCCGAGACUACCAGGUGCCUCUCAAGGAGCACGAAGUGGCCAUUUUCGUCAGACGCGGCGGUCCGAAUUACCAGGAGGGUCUCCGGGUGAUGGGAGAAGUCGGCAAGACCACUGGGAUCCCCAUCCACGUCUUUGGCACAGAAACCCACAUGACGGCCAUCGUGGGCAUGGCACUGGGUCACCGCCCUAUCCCCAACCAGCCUCCCGUCGCUGCCCACACCGCCAAUUUCCUGCUCAACUCCAGCGGCAGCACGUCGACCCCGGCAUCCACCCGCACAGCCUCCUUCUCCGAGAACAGAGGGAAAGCUGAGAGCUUGCCGGUAGCGAAAGCCAAAAGCGCAGCUCCUGUUGUCAAGGCAACCACGCUGUUCAGCAAGCAGACCAAGUCCAUCGUUUGGGGCAUGCAGACGCGGGCCGUGCAGGGCAUGCUGGACUUUGACUAUGUCUGCUCCAGAGAUGAUCCCUCCGUGGCGGCCAUGGUCUACCCCUUCACCGGAGACCACAAGCAGAAGUUCUACUGGGGCCAUAAAGAGAUCCUCCUCCCGGUGUACAAGAACAUGGGCGACGCUAUGAAGAAGCACCCGGACGUCGACGUGGUCAUCAGCUUCGCAUCGUUGCGAUCGGCCUUCGACAGCACGAUGGAGACCAUGCAGUACCCGCAGAUUCAUACCAUCGCCAUCAUAGCGGAAGGCAUCCCCGAAGCCCACACCAGGAAGAUCAUUAAGGUAGCCGAUGAGAAGGGCAUCACCAUCAUCGGACCAGCAACCGUGGGCGGCAUCAAGCCGGGCUGCUUCAAGAUCGGCAACACGGGGGGCAUGCUGGACAACAUCCUGGCCUCCAAACUGUACCGGCCGGGCAGCGUGGCGUACGUGUCGCGCUCGGGCGGCAUGUCCAACGAGCUCAACAACAUCAUUUCGCGCACCACCGAUGGUGUGUUUGAAGGGGUGGCUAUUGGCGGGGACAGGUACCCAGGCUCUGUGUUCACCGACCACGUACUGCGCUACCAGGACAGCCCAGGAGUGAAGAUGAUCGUCGUGCUGGGCGAGAUCGGCGGCACGGAAGAGUACAAAAUCUGCCAGGCCAUCAAGGAAGGCACGAUCACCAAGCCGGUGGUGUGCUGGUGCAUCGGAACUUGCGCGACGAUGUUCGCCUCUGAGGUCCAGUUCGGCCACGCGGGAGCGUGCGCUAAUCAGGCUUCGGAGACGGCGGUGGCCAAGAACAAAGCUCUGAAGGAGGCCGGUGCUCAUGUGCCAAACAACUUUGACGAGUUGGGAGAGAUCAUUAAGUCCGUAUAUGACGAUCUGGUGGGCAAAGGAGUCAUCCAACCAGCACCGGAGCUGCCCCCUCCCACAGUUCCGAUGGAUUACUCCUGGGCACGAGAGCUGGGGCUAAUCCGCAAACCGGCGUCCUUCAUGACCAGCAUUUGCGACGAGAGGGGGCAGGAGCUCAUCUACGCUGGCAUGCCCAUCACCGAGGUCUUCAAGUCGGAAAUUGGCCUGGGGGGCACUCUGGGGCUUCUGUGGUUCCAACGGAGGCUGCCCAGAUACGCCUGCCAAUUCAUCGAGAUGUGCCUCAUGGUGACAGCCGAUCACGGUCCCGCAGUAUCCGGUGCCCACAACACCAUCGUGUGCGCCCGAGCUGGCAAAGAUCUGAUCUCCAGUCUCACCUCUGGCCUUCUCACCAUUGGUGACCGCUUUGGAGGUGCCUUGGAUGCCGCAGCCAAACAGUUCAGCAAGGCCUUCGACAGCGGCAUGCUGCCCAUGGAGUUUGUCAACAAGAUGAAGAAGGACGGCAAGCUUAUCAUGGGCAUCGGCCACAGGGUCAAGUCUAUUAACAAUCCCGACAUGCGAGUCCAGAUCUUGAAGGACUUUGUGAAGCAGCACUUCCCCUCCACACAGCUGCUGGAUUACGCGCUGGAUGUGGAGAAGAUCACCACCUCAAAAAAACCCAACUUGAUCCUGAAUGUGGACGGCUUCAUCGGUGUAGCCUUUGUGGACUUGCUCCGAACCUGUGGCGGCUUUACCAGGGAUGAAGCAGACGAAUUUGUGGAAAUUGGAGCCCUGAACGGCAUCUUUGUCUUGGGUCGCAGCAUGGGAUUUAUUGGACACUACCUGGAUCAGAAGAGGCUAAAGCAGGGUCUGUAUCGUCACCCUUGGGACGACAUCUCCUACGUGCUCCCGGAACACAUGUCCAUGUAGGACCCGCUCUUACCCAAGGCUGAAAAUUUGGCAUAUAUCAUCAAUACGUUACAGUUCAAACGGUACUGCUUGAAAUGGUUUGCCAUUUAAAUUGUCGGUAUUAGACACUAGUGAAAACAUGCAACACUGUGAAGAUCCUCUCAGACAUGUCCGGUCUUGACAAGUGACAGAAGUUAAAAUCGUCCAUCGUGUUCUCAUGUUAUGUGCAGCUCCACUCAGUGUGCAAUUUUAUGAUCAUCGUCAUCAUCUUGAGCUUGUUACACAGGGUGACCAUGUAGUGCAAUAAUAAUAAUAAUAAUAAUGUGACAACACAUUGUAGAUAAAAGCUUUAUUUAUGUUUACUGUAGUGGUACUAAUCAGAAAAUGUGUUUUAAUCGUCUAUAAUGUCUUGGCUAUUUGUUGCAAAAGGGACCAUUCAUUGCCGCAAGUCGUUCGCAGGUAAAUGACGUAAAAUAACUGCGGUACACCAAAAUGAUACAGUACGAGAAUAUAUGAGUGCCCCGCUACACCGGUACGAUAUUAAUUACACUGGUCAACAAUUACUUUUUUUAAAAUCAAGAGAUGCAAGUUUUUUUAAUGAAUGAAUUCCACUGAUUCCAAAUGUUGCCCUGUUUUUUGAUUUUCACAACACAUAAUAAUAUGCACUAUGUAUACUUAAGAGUUAAGGGUUAGGUUCAGAAACAGGUGAUUUUUUUUUUUUUUAAUGAAAUGUACAACGCACGGUAAAAUCUGUAUCGCGCAGGCUUUUAUAGGCCUUUGGAGAUACAGUAAAUGAUUGAGAAGAGAAGCCCAAUGGUGAAUCACUUGUCUUUACUCUUCACAACAAAGUUGUUUACAAGUUCAAGCGCCAAGCUACUCUCCGAAAACCCUUACAAGUCGAUCACAGGAGCAUGACAACUCCCUUUCCCAUAAAGCUACAGGUUCCUGCAUGUCUCUCCUUUUUUUGGGUCAUCGCAGUUCAAACUUCAAAACGAAAAAUUUGAACAUGGACACACAAUGCCAUCUGUGAUUAAAAUUUGCUGUUAGCCAGUGUUAUUAUUGAUCAUUAAUACAACAACUCGUUAGAAAACAAGUAUAAUCAAUUUGGGAUUUGAUAACGGCAACGCUUGUGCUGAACGUGCCUCUACUGACUGUGCUGUGUUGAUAUUUAAUUAAAAGUGCCAGUAAACAAGUUG